AGCAUGUCUCUCCCCGUCCCCCUCCCGCCCAGUGUGUCACAACAGCGGAGGCGGCCGUAUCUGGAGCAGUUGGGGUGGGCAGGCCCAGCGAGGAGGCGAGCCGGCGAGGAGAGCGGCCGCGAUGCGGGAAUGCAUAUCAGUCCACGUGGGUCAAGCGGGAGUUCAGAUUGGCAAUGCUUGCUGGGAGCUCUUCUGCCUGGAACAUGGCAUCCAGGCGGAUGGCACCUUUGCUGCCCAGACCAGCAAGAUCAACGACGACGACUCAUUCACCACCUUUUUCAGUGAGACUGGCAAUGGGAAGCACGUGCCCCGGGCUGUCAUGGUAGAUCUGGAGCCUACUGUAGUAGAUGAGGUUCGGGCAGGAACCUACCGCCAACUCUUUCAUCCAGAGCAGCUGAUCACAGGAAAGGAGGAUGCAGCUAACAACUAUGCCCGGGGCCACUACACAGUGGGCAAGGAGAGCAUCGACCUGGUGCUGGACCGCAUACGGAAGCUGACAGAUGCCUGCUCUGGCCUGCAGGGCUUCCUGAUCUUCCACAGUUUUGGUGGUGGCACUGGCUCAGGCUUCACUUCUCUGCUGAUGGAACGCCUCUCUCUGGAUUAUGGCAAGAAGUCCAAACUAGAGUUUGCUAUUUACCCGGCCCCCCAGGUCUCUACUGCAGUAGUCGAGCCUUACAACUCUAUCCUGACCACCCACACCACACUGGAACAUUCAGAUUGUGCUUUCAUGGUGGAUAAUGAAGCCAUCUAUGACAUCUGCCGCAGGAACCUAGACAUUGAGCGUCCCACGUAUACCAACCUCAACCGCCUCAUCAGCCAGAUUGUGUCCUCCAUCACUGCCUCUCUCCGCUUUGAUGGGGCUCUCAAUGUGGACCUCACCGAGUUCCAGACCAACCUGGUGCCCUACCCCCGCAUCCACUUCCCCCUGGUCACAUAUGCACCCAUCAUUUCUGCUGAGAAAGCCUAUCAUGAACAACUCUCUGUGGCUGAGAUCACCAGCUCCUGCUUUGAGCCCAACAGCCAGAUGGUGAAGUGUGACCCGAGACAUGGCAAGUACAUGGCCUGCUGCAUGCUCUACCGCGGGGAUGUGGUGCCCAAGGAUGUGAAUGUUGCUAUUGCCGCCAUCAAGACCAAGAGGACCAUCCAGUUUGUAGACUGGUGUCCCACAGGUUUCAAGGUGGGCAUCAACUACCAGCCACCUACUGUGGUACCGGGAGGGGACCUGGCCAAAGUCCAGCGGGCUGUCUGCAUGCUGAGCAACACCACAGCAAUUGCGGAGGCCUGGGCCCGCCUUGACCACAAGUUUGACCUCAUGUAUGCCAAGCGGGCCUUUGUGCAUUGGUAUGUUGGAGAGGGAAUGGAAGAAGGAGAAUUUUCCGAGGCCAGGGAAGACCUGGCUGCCCUGGAGAAGGAUUAUGAAGAAGUGGGGACUGAUUCGUUUGAAGAGGAAAAUGAAGGGGAGGAAUUUUAAAUAUACAUGUUCCUCUUG